ACAGCAGCUUUCAUGGAAGUGAGAAUUCAGUCUGUGGUUGUGGAGUUCAUCCUCAAUCAUGUAGAUGUGCUCUUCAGUGGCAAAAUCAGUGCAGUCAUGCAGAAAGGGGCAGCAUCUUUAUCUAGGCCCAAGUCUCUGCUGGUAUCUUCUCCAUCCACCAAGCUUCUGACUUUGGAGGAAGGCCAGGCAAGAACACAAGCUCAGGUCAAUUCUCCAAUUGUGACUGAAAAUAAAUAUAUUGAAAUAGGAGAAGGACCUGCUGCACUUCAGGGGAAAUUUCAUACCAUAAUUGAGUUCCCACUGGAAAGAAAGAGGCCUCAAAAUAAUAAAAAAUCCCUUGUGGGCAGCUGGCAUUCCUUUUUCACCUUGGGGAAGUCAUCAUCUGUCUCUAAGCAGAAGUUGCAGUGCAAUGAGAGUGAGUCUUCAGAGAUGAAGGCCAUGGCUUUGAAAGGUGGCAGGGCAGAAGGAACCCUACGCUCAGCUAAAAGUGAGGCGUCUCUUACUUCUCUCCAUGCAAUUGAUGGUGAUUCCAAGCUCUUCCAGCCUAGAAGACCGCGGUCUAGCAGUGAUGCCCUGUCUGCCUCUUUUAAUGGAGAAAUGCUGGGGAACCGCUGUAAUUCCUAUGAAAAUUUGCCCCAUGACAAUGAGAGUGAGGAGGAAGUAGGACUUCUUCACAUUCCAUCUCUAAUGUCUCCUCCUUCUGCUGAGGACAUUGAUUUGAGCACACCAGACAUUGGAGUGGCCAGCCUGGAUUCUGAUCCAAUGUCCUUUCAAUGUAGUCCUCCUAAGGCUGAGUCAGAAUGUCUGGAGAGUGGUGCUUCCUUUCUAGAUUCAUUAGGAUACUCAAAGGAUAAAUCAUGUGCCAAUAUGAAGGAUAUAGAAACAGGUGGUAGUCAGUCUCAGACUCCAGGAAGCACUGCAAGCUCGGAACCAGUUUCUCCAGUUCAGGAGAAACUGAGUCCAUUCUUUAUCCUGGACUUGAGCCCACCUGAAGAGAAAUCAUCUAAGCCAUCUUCAUUUACUGAAAAGGUCAUCUAUGCUCUCUCUCCAAAGAUUGGAUGGAAGUUAACUAAAUCACCUUCCAUGAACGUGUCAGGGCCAACUUCAGUGACCCUUCCACCUUGGGUGUCAGAAGUGAUUGGUACCAUCUCAAAUACUGCAGCUCAGAAUGCAUCGUCUCCAACUUGGGGCAAAAGCAUGGAAGACAGUGAUGUCACAAAUAGAUCCCUCACCCAGAUAGUAAAGAUGAAAGCAAAUGAGAGAGAGGCCCAAGAAGGAUGUGAACCUGAAAUCCAGCCCCUGGACCAGGUGGCUGCUGAAGAAGGACUGCCAGGGAAAGAGGAUCUGUCUGUCCCAAGCAGUCAGAGUAAGGCUGUAGCUUCUGGACAGACUCAGACAGGAGCAGUUACCCAUGACCCCCCUCAGGAUCCCAUUCCUGUCAGUUCAGUCUCUCUUAUCCCACCACCUCCACCUCUGAAAAAUGUUGCUCGAAUGUUGACACUAGCGUUAGCUGAGUCUGCACAGGAAGCCUCAACCCAGACAUUGAAGAAACCAGGGACUUCCCAGGCUGGGUGUACAAAUUAUGGAGACAUAGUGGCCACCGCUGAAGAUAAACUGCCCAGUCCCUACUCUAGUGUUGCAAUAGAUAAGGCCUAUUUCCAAAUGGAUUGACCAGCAGAGCAGUUCCACCUCCAGAAUAGCACACCUGGGAACAGUGACCAGCCUCUCGCAGAGACAGCAGCUAUUGGGGAUUCCGCCCCCCAUUCCCACACAGAAUCUGGGGAGCACCUCCGUCAAGUAGAUUUACCAGGGAAUCAGUCACUUCCAAACUGUUUAUUUGGGGACCCAGAAAAGGCUAGAAUUGUUUCAGCUCCCUUAACUGACUCAGAGAAGUCUGAUGAUCAUGGAAGUUUCCCUGAACACCAGGCUGGGAAGCCCAGUGUGUUGAGCAUUUCCUUUGCAGAGCAGGACCAGUCUGUGCUCCACUUCUACAAUGAGCAUCAGCUUCUCUCCUACCUUGGUACAAGUGUGGAUAAGCCCCAUCACCCUUCAGAACUCCCAGGCGAAUCUCCCAUGCCUGCAAGUUUGCCCAGGGACCAAGUCUACCUGCCUUCUGGGUCCCCUGAAGAGAAUGCCAGCACAGCUACCAUGGCUUACAUGAUAGCGACUGCGGCAGCCGAAACAAGAGCCAAGGACACCAGCUGGGUGACGGCUGAACAGUCUGCUGCUGCUGACUUUGCUGCUGCCACCCUCCAGCGCCCCCACAGAAACUGUCCCCUCCCUGCAGCUCCUUCCCAGAGGCCAGGAGAGCAGCCACCAGUCACGGGGCAGGUACAAGCACCAACCAGUAUAGGAGUAUAUAAUUCCCACAAGGUUCAAGGAUCAGUUCCAGCUCCAGAGAGGCCACCUGAGCCUCGAGCCAUGGAUGACCCUGUCCUCAUCUUUGUCAGUGAUGGCAGUGCAGCUGCCCAGUGUCCCAUGGCUGCUGCUGCUGCUCUCCAGCCAGGCCUACCUGAGAAGGUUCAAGAAGGCACCAGGGCCCCGCUCCUCCACCUGCAUGCUGAGUCUUUCCCUGGGCACUCCUGUGGCUUCAGAGCACCAGUGCCCCUUGCCAGGGCCAUGGAGAGUAAGAUGGCUGCUGCCUUACACUCCAGCAGUGCAGAUGCCACCAGCAGUUCCAACUACCACUCCUAUGUUGCUGCUUCAUCAGCCUCAGUGGACAAUGUGUUGCCUUUACCACUUUCUAUCCCUCAACCCAAGCAUGCUUCUCAGAAAAUAGCUUACUCCUCUUUUGCCAGGUCCGCGGUUGCCACUGAGCCCUUUGGCCCAGAAAAUUGUUUGCAUUUCAGUAUGACUCCAAACUGCCAAUUCCGUCCCCAGAGCGUACCUCCACAUCCUAAUAAGCUGGAGCAACACCAAGUGUAUGGAGCCUGAUCAGAGCCACCAGCCUCCAUGGGUCCCCGUUAUAACACCAAUGUGGCUCCAGGAAGAAAUGCAUCUGGACAUCACUCCAAGCCAUGCAGCCGGAUUGAGUAUGUUUCUUCUCUGACCUCCCCUGUUCAGAGUGCUUGUUACCUCAAGGAUGUUCCACCAUACCCUACCAUCCGGAGGGUGCAGUCCCUUCAUGCACCCCCGUCAUCCACGAUCCGCUCUGUCCCCAGUUCUCAGACAGAAGUUCCCCCCGAUGAUGAAGCAACCUACUGCCCAAGACCCCUGUACCAGUAUAAGCCACAUCAGUCCUCCCAGGCCUGCUCAGAUUACCAUGUAACUCAGCUUCAGCCUUACUUUGAGAAUGGAUGGGUACAAUACCACUACAGCCCAUAUUCCAGUUCCUCCAGUUCCUGUUACAGUCCUAAUGGAGCCCUGUGUGAUGUGGAUGCCUAUAGCACAGUGCAGUUGAGGCCCCUUCACCACCUGCCAAGUCGAGAUUUUGCUCUCUACAAUCCUAGGCUGCAAGGCAAGAACUUGUACAGUUACCCUGGUUUGCGUUUCUCUGGUAAUGACCAUAAUGUAGUCAACAUGCCUCCACCUGCUGAUAUAAAGCACACUGGCACCUCUUGGGACUUCGAGGAUAUGGAGAAAUAUCACAUGCAGUCCAUUCGGAGAGAGAGCCGUGCACGGCAGAAGGUGAAGUCUUGUAUGUCUCAGUAUGAUAACAUGACCCCAGCCAUGCAGGAUGACUUGGGAGGGAUCUAUGUCAUCCAUCUGUGCAGCAAAUCCAAUCCUGGGAAAACCGGACUUCUCUCAGUGGCAAAGGGAAAGGAGGGGCGACACUCAAUCAAGGCUGUCAGUCCUGGGGGAGGUGACUGCUUCUAUAGGAAGCACACAGAGCAGGAAUUUGAUAGAGUCCUCCACCAUGGAGGCGAUGGCAGUGCACAGGCAGAGAAGCCAUCCCUCCCUCAGAAGCAGAGCACCCUUAGGAACAGGAAGCUCCGUGACAUGGGUUGUAGUCUCCCAGAGCACAGGGCACAUCAGAAAGCAAUCCAUAGGCAGUUGUGUGAAUCAAAAACUGGGGCACCUUAUCCCCGAGCAGCUGGCUAGUUAGAUUAUGGGCCCAAAGGGAUGCUAGACACUCCUGAGCCAGGAAGCUACCAUAACUCUGGAGGAAAAUAUGCCCCAUCAGGGCAGGAGUCUUUAAGACUGAAUCACAGAGAGGUAAGGCUCUCCAAAGAGCUGGAGCACCCUCGAGCCAGACAGCCACCUGCCCCUGACAAACACUCCAGAAACUGCUACAAGGAGGAGGAGCACUUCACCCAGUCAGCAGUCCCACCCCCUAAGCCAGAGAGGAGUCAAAGCCUAAAGCUGCACCAUACCCAGAACCUGGACAGGGAUCCCAGCAUGCUAUACCAGUACCAAACGCAUGGCAAGCGCCACAGCAAUAUGACUGUUGUGUCCCAGUAUGAUAACCUGGAGGAUUACCACUCCCUGCCCCAGCACCAGCGAGGCGGCUUCAGAGGGGCAGGCAUGGGGACAUAUACGCCCUCUGGCUUUGCCCACCCACAGAGCAGGACAUACGCCACAGCACUGGGUCAGGGGGCCUUUCUGCCCACAGAGUUGUCUUUGCAGCACCCUGACACACAGAUCCAUGCAGAAUGAGCCCCGGGAGCAACAGAGUUGAAGCAGCCUCUGCUGGACAGUGGACUGUUCUAUUUUUUUCAGUAAC